UGAGACGUUUGAUCGCGAUCACAAUGCCGCUCGUAAAAGCCGGCAAAUAUGAUUUUUAAGUUAUUAAUCUUCGUUGAUUCAAGCCAGACUAUAAAAAUGUCGGGAAUUGGCAUUCGUUUUGGCUAAAUAGCGUAUUUUGCGUGUACCUAAUCGCAAGACUGAGUGACGGACGUCACGCCGCGGGAAAUGCUGCCUGGUCGCUAGCGUGGUCACGGCCAUGGUCUUUUGACGCCAGUUUCAGUUUGAGGCCAUUACAUAACACUCGGGCGUAAAUUGAUCGUGACCAUCGCGUUUCAUGAUCGUAUUGUGAACGUGUGAAUUUUGACAGUUUACGGAGGCCGUUACUGAAGUGCAGUGAGUUUAUAGUGAUGUGAGGAUGUUUGUGUGUGGCCAUGUCGAGCGUGGCGAAGAAAGAUAAACCGACAAUGUCGGUAACUGCGUUGAUCAAUAGGGCGUGGCCAAUGACGCCUAGCCCACAGCAGCAGCAGCAGAUGGUGCCGUCUACACAGCAUUCGAAUUUCCUGCAGCCAAUGGCUACACCUUCAACCACACCCAAUGUUGAACUCGAUAUACAAUGGCUGAACAUAGAGUCAGGGUUUAUGUCGCCUAUGUCACCGCCCGAAAUGAAGCCAGAUACGGCGAUGCUCGACGGUUUCCGAGACGACUCGACGCCGCCCCCUCCCUUCAAGAAUUAUCCCCCUAACCAUCCCUUGAGCGGCUCAAAACAUCUAUGCUCCAUAUGUGGCGACAGAGCCUCGGGCAAACAUUACGGAGUAUACAGUUGUGAAGGCUGCAAAGGGUUCUUCAAGAGGACAGUCAGGAAGGAUCUCACAUACGCGUGCCGGGAGGACAAGAAUUGUAUAAUAGAUAAACGCCAGCGGAAUCGUUGCCAGUACUGCCGAUACCAGAAGUGUCUCGCUUGCGGCAUGAAGAGGGAGGCUGUGCAAGAGGAGAGACAGCGAGCCGCGAGGGGUACAGAAGACGCUCAUCCCAGCAGCUCUGUACAGGAGCUAUCGAUCGAGCGGCUGCUGGAAUUGGAGGCGUUAGUUGCGGAUUCAGCUGAGGAGUUACAGAUCCUACGCGUCGGUCCCGAAAGCGGCGUGCCGGCCAAGUACCGAGCUCCCGUUUCGAGUCUUUGUCAAAUAGGCAACAAACAGAUAGCCGCUCUCAUUGUUUGGGCGCGUGACAUUCCACACUUCGGGCAGCUAGAAAUCGACGAUCAGAUCCUUCUAAUCAAGGGCUCCUGGAACGAACUGCUGCUGUUCGCUAUCGCAUGGCGGUCUAUGGAGUUCCUCAAUGAUGAACGAGAGAACGUAGACUCGCGGAAUACGGCGCCGCCUCAACUCAUUUGUUUAAUGCCAGGCAUGACGCUGCACCGCAACUCCGCGCUGCAGGCCGGCGUGGGGCAGAUCUUCGACCGCGUGCUCUCCGAGCUGUCGCUCAAGAUGCGCUCCCUCCGCAUGGACCAGGCCGAGUACGUCGCGCUCAAGGCCAUCAUACUCCUCAAUCCUGACGUAAAAGGAUUGAAGAAUAAACAAGAAGUGGACGUUCUUCGAGAAAAGAUGUUCUUAUGCCUGGACGAGUACUGCCGGCGCUCGCGCGGCGGGGAGGAGGGUCGGUUCGCGGCGCUGCUGCUGCGGCUGCCGGCGCUGCGCUCCAUCUCGCUCAAGAGCUUCGAGCACCUCUACCUGUUCCACCUCGUGGCCGAGGGCAGCGUGAGCUCGUACAUCCGCGACGCGCUCUGCAACCACGCGCCGCCCAUCGACACCAACAUCAUGUAGGGGGACUUAUUCAACUUUUGAAUGUCGACAUGCCAACGUCAACAUGUAAAUUCUAUACAGCAACAGUAAAAAAAAAAAAACUUAUAAGCUAAUUUUUUAUGAUUUUGAUAUCGCACUUUUAGCAUAAUUAGAGAGAGACCCAUUUCGAAAUUUUUUGGAUUUCACCCCUUUUUUUUCCUACCUAAGUUGAGAGCCUUGAGAGGCUAUUUCAGCGUAACCUUAACUAGGUGAGCUCACGAGGCUCAAACCUGACGACGUUGCUAACACGAACCCUAGCAAGAGCCGUGCUUGGCAGAAUCUACCACCGGAUCGGAAACGUGACUCACUGAAAAGAUUUGGCGAGAAACGGAGUGGGCUGUGUCUAUGGGUUUAUUUACUCGUCGAGCCCUUCGUCGCAAGCGACGGGUUCGAUGAGAACGGUGACCGGUGCUUGAGGUACCUAAAAGCACCGUUAGUGGAUCGGGAGGAUCCGAAAUGACGUGUUUUGGGGCGACGUCGACUGCUUUCCAUUCUUUCCGCAGGAUCGGGAAUGUAGUUACCGACGGCCACGAUGAGAGGGUUCUCGUGUCCUGCCGCUUUAUCGAAGUGGAGAUCUUUUCAGCGAUUCUUAAUAAUCAAACGAUCAAAAGUAUCUUAUAAAGGGACAAACUUAUUCAUCGAUCUCUUUUACUCCGUUCCCUUCCUCUACGCAUUUUCGGUUUGAGAACUUUAUUAGAUCUCUUUGUAAAAUACACAUUUUUUGGGUUGGGUCUCUAUAAUUCUAAAGGAGCGAUAUAUUAUUUUCAAUUAAGUUUUGUCAAUUAAUUAUUGCUGGCAUUGUUUACGUCUAAGACAAACUUUUAUUUACAGAUUAUAGCAGUAUGACAUUCAAAAGAUAUAUAACUUGUAUUCGGUAAGCGAACCUCGUUUCGUCUGCCUAUAUGUAGCGAUGAUGUGCGAUAAUAUGUUUAUACGUACGAAUUGUGUACGUUAGUUAAUAUUGUAUUUGUGAUAAUGCCCCCCCCCCUUUCAUUUUGGAUGUAUGAAAAUUAAUAUACUGGACGAGUCGUUCGUAUUUAGAAUACGAUUGUUCCGAUCUAAGUUUCAUAUCGAGACAUUGAGGAAUCUUGGGAAGCAAUUGGCUAUAAAAAAAAAUUAAAUAAACUUACCGGACGUUAAUAACAUAAAGUGUUGAGAAAGUAUCGCUAGAUAAUGUAAACGGGGCCGCCUCUUUUAUUAUUAAACGCAAUUAUUAUUAUUAAUCUUUCAUUUAAACGAAAUCAUAUUAUUAGAAUGUAGAUUUCAAUAGAAGAUUAAUAUAAUUAAUUAGUAGAAUAUAGUGGAAUGAUGUUGUUAACAUUUACCAAAUCUUUCAUUGAAUUUUUACUUCUUAAUAACUUCUAUUAAUAUGAACACAAAGAAAAUUAGUAGGGAUUAAAGGUAAAUUGUUAUAUUUUCAUGUUUCUACACUUUUAAGAGUGCAUAGAUAGAUUUUGGUGCUCCCUCUGUUUGUAGACGUGCAUAUCACAUAUGCAAAUCCAGAAUUAAAAAAUAUCCAUAUUUUUCUCUACUAUCUAUUAAUCGUAUGAGUUAUAUGUAAAUACGUAUUUGCGUGUACAAUGUAAGGUUUUUUAUUAGAUGAGUAAUUUAUGAUUAGUUUUUAUUGUUAGUUCGCACUUAGAUGGGGGUACGGUUGAAUGGCCUAUGCAUGUAACAGAAACGACACUAUUAUGGCCAAUUUUUAUGUUUUUAACCAAACAUUUCGUCUCAAGAAAAAUUAAUGCUUCAGUAUUCAAAAUUAUUCUUUAAAAAUAAUACCAAAUGUUAUAUUUUAAAGAUUAGAAGAAGACCUUUUUAGUUAGUGUUGCUGGUGUUUAUUGUAGAUGUAGAACGUAGUGGAAAGCUCAAUUUUUUGAAGAAUUGUUAUUGUUGUGUACUGAGCGCGUUGGGAACUGUUUUCAUUACAUUUUGUUAGCAGUUGCUUCUGUUACGCCGGACCCAGGCAUGUGUGUGUAAAGUUUGAAGUGUGAAGAUGCCAAAAAAUAAACAAUAAUAGGCAAUUUUUGGUCUAGAUCUGUUGUUAUUUAACGUAUCACCAUUCAUUUCGUACACUGAGGGUCGCACUUGCAAAUAUUUCUACUGCAAGUCGUUCUUGUAGCAAAUUAGAGUACGCGUGGAACUAGUUGGCCGUGCCUUAGGUGGCGACAGGGGCGAGGGGACGGGUUGCCUACUGCUCAUAACGCACAUGAGACUGGACAGUGAUGACUGAAUAAAUAAAAAUGAAUAAAUGAAAUAAUAAAUAAAUAAAAAACAAUUGAACUUUUAGAAGUUUAUAUUAUACCUAUCUAAUUAUGUAUAUUGUAAUUAAUAGUAAAAUAAAUUAAUUAUAUGAAAUUCUUCUGACAUAUUUUAAUGAUGUAUGAAAUUAAAUUACAUAUUUAUUGAAAUUAUUGAAAAUAUUAAUUAUUUAUUGAAUUUAAAUAUUUUAAUGAUAUAUGAAAUUACUCUCACAUAUCCUCUGAAUCACUUGAUUCUGAACUCUCUGAACUUGAUUCAGAAUCAUUUUGUAAGUUUAUAAUGAUUUCGUCCAUCAUAGUAUCAAAUCUCAUAUUAGUAAUGACAGCAAGCGCCCCCGCCCCUCCGUCCCACCGCUCACAUACCUAAAGCGCGGCCAACUAGUUCCGCGCGCACAAUAACAAAAACACUUACAUUGGAUACACACGUCUGGUAACGGCCUUAGAAGGUGAGAGUUAAAUAUAUGACAUGAUAUUCUAUGGUUCAUUGGGGAUGUUGCAGCGGUUGUGAGAUGAUUUAUGAUAAUGUUCACUAAUAAUCUGAUUAUAUUUAAGUUAUAUUUUUUGUAUAGAAAUACAUAUAGCUUUAAGAUAUGAACGGUGAUUAAAAUAAUUACUAUCGCA